GAGAAAAACCCUCCAACCUCUCUCACUGCUCAAGCUUGUGUGUGUGUGUGUGUGUGUGUGUGUGUCUCCCUCACAACAUAAAGGCGACGUUCAGGGCGAAAAACUUGCAAUUCAUGGCAUGGAGGAGUCAGCGGGCAGCCUCGGCCCUCUGAUCUGUGUGAGGUUAGGCGGAUGAGGAGCAGCUCAUGGUCUGAACGCACUAAUCAUCGAGCCGAAGCGAAGCCUCGUCUAGCUGCCUGAGUGUUGUCCUCUUUCCCCCCCUCCUCUCUUCCCUUUCCUUUCCCCGAGUUCUUUUUCUUGUCCUCGGUGAAAUCCGACACAGGUUGUCUCUCUGCAGACUGGAUGGCAGAUCGAGGCUAACUGCCGUGCGUAUUUCGCGGUCACAACUGUAGCAGGAGGACAGCAGGACAUUUUUUUGAAAUACUGCAGCGAUUCAGAUGCUUUCAACUUUGAGCGAGAGGGACAACCCCUAAAGCCCCCGUUUUUACACGAGGGACAGACACACAGACAUCUCCGUCAUCCCCCCCUCCCCUCCUCCUCCUCCUCGUCCUCCUCCAGCCUCACGAAAAGGAUUCGUUUUGGUGAACGGCGACCAGAGCACCGACGGGGGAUCAUGGCAGCUACUUUAUCGGUGGAGGAAGAACAGGCCACCAGGCAGUUUCUGGAGGAAAUCAACAAAUGGACCAGUCAGCAUGGAGUGUCGCCGCUGUCCAGGGAAUUGGCCGUCAAGUUCCUCAUGGCUCGCAAGUUUGACGUCCUCCGAGCCAUCGAGCUAUUCCACAGCUACAGGGAAACACGUCUUAAAGAAGGAAUCGUCAGACUUCAGCCUCAGGAAGAACCUCUGCGCUCGGAGCUGCUCAGCGGAAAGUUCACCGUGUUGAGUGUACGGGACCCUUCAGGGGCCUCCAUUGCCUUGUACACGGCCAAGCUUCAUCACCCAAACAAGACAGGCAACCAUGUGGUCCUUCAGGCCCUCUUCUACCUCCUGGAUCGGGCCGUGGAAAGCUUCGAGACCCAGAGGAAUGGUUUGGUAUUCAUCUAUGACAUGGCAGGCUCCAACUACACAAACUUUGAGUUGGACCUGAGCAAGAAGAUCCUCAACCUGCUCAAGGGGGCGUUCCCCGCCAGGCUGAAGAAGGUGUUGAUUGUGGGGGCCCCUGUUUGGUUUCGAGUGCCCUACAAUCUGCUUAGCCUGCUGCUCAAAGAGAAACUUCGGGAGAGGGUUCAGAUGGUGAAAAUGGCCGAGCUGCGGCAGCACCUACCCAGAGACUGCCUCCCCCAACACCUCGGUGGGCUGCUGCCUCUGGACGCAUACAGCUGGAAUCAGCAGCUACUGGCGGGUCAGAACGGCCGAGUAGACCCAGUGGACGAGCUGGUGGGAAUCCCAUUGGAAGAUGCUUCCAUUCAUGUCCCCGGACCGGAGUCCAUGCGCCCGCAGGAGCUGCUGACAUACCUCGGCAGGCUUCAGCGCUCAGGAAUCCAUCAAGAGUAUGAGGAGCUCCGCAAAGAACCGCCGCCCGGAACCUUUCACUGUGCACAAACAGCCUACAAUCAGGAGAAGAAUCGCUAUGGAGAUGUGUUGUGCCUUGAUCAAACAAGAGUUCGUUUGAAAGCCAGAAGGAAUGAGAGGUCAGACUACAUCAAUGCAAGCUUCAUGGACGGCUACAAACAGAGGAAUGCAUAUAUUGGUACUCAAGGACCACUGGAAAAGACCUAUGGUGACUUCUGGAGAAUGGUCUGGGAACAAAAUGUGCUUGUUAUCGUCAUGACAACCAGGACAGACGAGGGUAGUCGGAGGAAGUGUGGACAGUAUUGGCCUCUGGAGGAAGGGGGGCAGGAGGUCUAUGGCCAUAUGGCAGUGGUUAACCAAAGGGUUGACCACCACACCCACUACAACCACACCACCCUCGAACUGCACAACACUGAGACAUGUGAACAGAGACAAGUGAGUCAUUUCCAGUACCUCAGCUGGCCUGACUAUGGCGUUCCCACCUCAGCAGUGACGCUCAUUGACUUCCUGGGAGCUGUGAAGAGACAGCAAAGGAAAAUGGUGAAGGCUAUGGGACCUCAGUGGACAGGCCAUCCCCUGGGCCCCCCAGUGGUGGUCCACUGCAGUGCAGGAAUUGGGAGAACAGGUACCUUCUGUGCCCUGGACAUCUGUCUGUCCCAGCUACAGGACGUAGGCUCACUAAAUGUAUGCCAGACGGUGCGACGCAUGAGAACACAGAGGGCCUUCAGCAUUCAGACCCCAGACCAGUACUACUUCUGCUACAAUGCCAUUUUGGAGCACGCUCAAAGGCAGGGCCUGCUCCCAGCCAAUCAGUGAGCUUCAGCCCUGACUUCCUAAACCAGUUUCUGCAGUCAGUCUGUUAACCCCAAGCCGUGUUGUGUGACCAAUUAGUGAGCCCAGGAAAGUUAACUUCCUCACAGAAGCUGUCUUUUGAAACUAGGCCAUCGUUCAUUUGCAAGGUAGACUGAGACAAGACAGUGACAGGAAAAGGCUUGAGUGUCGACAUUACAGUGUUUCAAUGUGACAAUAUUCUCGCCACCAACAAUGUGACAUGUUGUUUCUAGCUGAACACAUCUCAAAGUAUGUGGCAGCGUGAACAAACUGCUCUUGUGUUGUGCAGUUUUGUGGUCUGUGGUCAGGUGCAUUGGGUGAAGUGAGGGAGAUGGUGUUCAUUAACCUCUUGUUUAUUUAUCUGCCACUUUAAAGCAAUGGUUUAGGGGACCUUAGAGGAGUAGUUCACCCCAAAUUAAUAAUUCUGCCCUGAUACACUCAUCCCAUAUCAGUUAGAAUUCCACUAAAGUUUGAAAGACUUUCAAUCGAAUUUCAGGUAAAUUCUCCCUAAAUGCUAAAGUCAUAGUCAUAACUACUGUACAUAGAUAAUAUCUCAGUCAGUGCAUGAAGAAAGCACUAAACUUAAUUUUGAAAGAGCUAUGAUGGAACUACAGUGGUUAAAUUUUAUGCUCUUUGGACACAAAAUGUAUUUAUUGGAGUUUCAAAUGACUUGAGCGAGUUACAAGCUGUUGACACAAUUUUAAUUUUGGGGUGAAAUGAUUCUUGAGUGCACAAUUUUUAUUCCAAACAGAGAGCUUCAUCUCCCAUGCCAUGCAACAAGAAUAGGCUUUGCUAAGAUUAUUUUAAGGUAAACUUUUACACCUCCUGUGUACAGGAAAUAUUGCAAUCAUUGUAGUACAUUUUUAGCAUGUGGUAUGUGUCACAUAGAUGGUACGAGCUAGUUCUGCAUCGUCUCAGGAGUGUCAUACUGAGCACAGGGAGGUGAAACUGCUCGACUUGUUGCCACGAAACAAGUUAGUCAAAACAUUUUUCGCUUGCAGAUGAGUUUCAUCCAGGACGAUGAUCAGGUUGCAAACUCCCAUCUGUCACCACUCAUCAAACCGAAGUCUGUGCGAUCGCCCUUUUAGUUUUAGCUUUGUUUGUCCGUCUGUAUCCACUGAAACCCAGACCUUCUCUCUCUCCCUCUCUCUCCUAAAUGUUGAGAUUUACUGACUCGCAGUGCAGACGGCGACCAGCAUCCGGCCGCCUUUGCUCACUAGCUGUGCCAUCGUGCUUUAGUGAUUGUGAGAAUGUAUUGCUGAGCGCCCAUGCACACAUUUAGAGCAGUCCUACACCAUCAAAGCGUACAUCUGUGGAAGUCAUCGGUUAAGACCUCAUGAGUAGUGCAAUACUUUUUUUUUCUUCUUACACAAAUCAUUUGUUAGCACUUUUAAAUAACUAUUCCCAAUGUGCUCUGAGAUUAGUCAGCAUGGCGAUAUGAUGGGAUGACAAGUAAAACUUAAUUCUGUAGGUCUACAUGUGAUGCUGGGAUAACUUGAUUGUUAAUGUUAAAUUUAGUAAUGCUUAAAUAUAAAACAUUUAGUGACAUUUUGGACUUACUGUAAACAUCUGCAUAGAGCUUUAUUGGGACAAAUCAAGAGGAUUUUACGGGGAAACCAGAAGUUAAUUACAGAAUAAUUGAAUAAGCAUGCACAAAUCUGUGCCUACACCCUAUAAAGUCCUUCUUGGGCACUCCAGAGUCAGUCAGAGGUUUUGUCUGAAGUAUAUUUUCAUUAUUAUUGUUGUUCAUUUGAGUUCAACAGACUGUGGCUGUAAUCAGUGCUUUUCAUCUGGUCCCGGUAUCUUGCCAUCAUUAUUAUUAUUAUUAUUAUUAUUGUAGAGUACAUGUACAAAAACUGAGUGUCUGUGUCAUACGUUGCAUUAUGUUGUUGCUGGAUGGAAAAAAAAGUGUUCUUUACUACAGAAUUCAUAUUGAAUUUGCUUGUAGUGAAGCAUUUUUUAAGUCUGCCAUCCUCAUGCACUCUGAUUUUAGAAUUAUGUUUCCUUUCAAUGAUGGACGCAAAAUGACCCUAUUUUAUUUUUCUAUUGUAUUCAACAGCUGUUUUCAUACGAUUACCCAGGAUAUACAGUUAUCUACAUUAAUUUUAUAUUUGUUUUAUUAUAACCUAUUACUUUAUCAUUCGUAUGACUAUUGAAUCAAGCUAUACUGUAUUAAAUACAAACUGUCAACAUA